GCAGGAAAAAACCCACUUCCUGAUACUGACAAUGAGCACAAGCACAGCGCCUUCAUCGGCUUCAUCUGAUGCGGACUCACUGAACCACGAUGAGAAUCCAAUUAAAGCUGUGAUUUUUGACUAUGGAGAAGUAAUGUGGAUGCAAUCAAGAAAUGUUCAUGUUUAUAGAAAAAUCGAGGAAGACAACAAGUUAUUCGAUAAUUCUCUGAUCCCUACACUAGUUAGCAAGGAAUUGUCGAGUAUUCUCCCAAAAGGAUUUCAAGAAGAUUUAUUAACUGGAAUUUACACAGCCAAGGAUUUCGAUAGACUUUUCCUGUCGGCUUACAAUCGAAAGUUUGGCUCACAAGUGGAAAGUCUCAAGUUCUUCUCAGCCACGGAAUAUGAUAACGAUGCUGUCUACGAAGAGGCGGUCCUUACAGCGUGCCAGAAACUUCGAGAACGGGGAGUCAAGACGAUUUUAAUGUUGGACACUUAUCAUGUUGACGAGAAAAGAAAUGGGCGAAGAAUUCCGAAUAUGGAAAAAUACUUUGAUCACGUCAUUGAAUCAUGUAAAGAAGGAGUCAAAAAGCCGGAUCCAAGAUUUUACCAAAUCGCAUUAGACUGUGUAGAUGUUCAACCAGAGGAAGUAAUUUAUAUUGACGACUCAAAAAUUAAUUGUGAAAGUGCAGCUGUGCUUGGUAUUCGAUAUAUUCAAGUAUUCAAUAGUAUGGAUAUGCUAGAGGAUCUUCAAGAAAUAUUGGGAUUCGAUUUGGAUUAGAGAUCAUCAAUUAUUUUAUUUAUUCUUUCGUUAUUAUUUUUCUGCUGCUAUCAUUUUCAUGUUUCGUUACCAUUUCAUUCUCUUUCCUCCUUCUCCGGUGCUUGUAAAUUUCGACGCAUUUUUAUUUUCGAUAAUCUUUCUCAUUUCUCAAUUGUCCCAUUGUUCUUGUACAUAACUUUUCAUAUAUUUUUCUCCCACAAUUGCCAUUUUUGGCAAAUGCCAAAACACAGAGAGAUUUUCGUGACAACACAAAAAGAAAUGUUUCAACUGGUUAUAUUUCCUAAUGAUUGACAUCCCACCAUGCUUACUAUUAUACAUAAAUCGUCUUC